GUGUUCUGAAGAUAUGAGGAGGAAUCGCCGAUCUCCGGCCUCAGUUACAAGAGGAUGAGAAGCGCGCCGAGGGGUUUCUCAGUGACAAGAGGAUGAGAAGCACGCCAGAGGGGUUUCCUCAGUGACAAGAGGAAUCGCAGAUCUGUAGGCGACACUCCUGAUGGCGGCCAAGUAGAGAUCAAGGCAGAUUCGACCAACGUGACUAUGAGGAUUCCUGGAGAGCUUCUGGAAUGCAACACCGGUAGGGAUCUUGGCAGAGGGCAUCGCCGGCAAUCUCAGAGCGAGAAUUGGAAUUCCAUCUGCGUUUUUUACUGAGAAGGCCGGGCUUCUAUGGAGAAACAACUGAGAGGUUUGAGGUUACCAUUUUUUUAUUUACUAAUGUUGAUUGUAAAAUUAUAGAAACACUUCCACCAAAUGGAGUAAGCAGAGCCCAUACCAGUCAAGUUAAAGAGGAUGGUUAUGGAAACUAAAAAGCCAGAAGUUCCUCCGCCGAUCCUUUUGUUCCGCCCAAAUCUUCCUCUCCACCUAUUUCCUCUCCCGUUGUUUGAUUAGCUACGACUACUCCAUCAUUAACUCCAUGAAGAAGUAAUGGCAAUAUCUGGGUUCAGCCCCUGUAAUGAACGAUGGAGAAAUCUUGAUCUGUAUGGAUAUACUGGUACUAUAAUACAAGAGCCACCAAAGAGCUUUCAAUUGUACAAAAAGUUGUCAAGGAGCAUAAAAAAGAGCAAGAUGGUGAUGAUCAGGAGGAUGUUGAGGAAGAAGAAGAAAAGGAAGAGUGAUCCCUCUACAUUAAUCUGUUUUAGUGAAGCAGUUGGAUUUAUUUCUAUACAUGAUAAUGUUUUAGUCAGUUUCGUUUUAGAGCUUAUACAUGGAGAUAACGUAGAUCAGAUUGAACAACUUAUUUAUG